GGGAACCUGGUGCAUUUCUGUCUGAGGGAACUGACGCAAAACUUCAGGGACCAUCUGCAAAUGACUAAGUGUUGAAUAAGACGAAAUUACUCCGGAGAUCCCGGAGACCUGAUAAGUUGGGAAGGAAUGUGUUGGAGACCCAUCUGUGAGACAUCACUACCUUAUACUCCUGGCAGCUGGGGGAAUGAGUGGCUGACCCCUAGAGUCCUUCCUCUGGCUCCCUGUAACUGUCAAGGUAACCCAGCUUUCAUGACCUCUCUCCUGCUAUGGUUCCCCUUAGCCAACCUUCACAAUAGGCUGCAUCUGUUUCUCCUCUGCAGAGGUAUACAACCUCCUCUGAGGGGUGCAUCAACACAAUAUUCAUACUGUGAUGUCCUUUGUGUCCAUAUCUGCACACUCCUCCUCAGCACCAGGUUAAGGCUCAGUCUAGCUCACAUCUGUGUCCUGAGCACGGAAAGGUCCUGGGUGGGCUGGUCAAGAUUUGAUCACAGGAGCACACCCUUCCCCCACCCCUCAGGGAAGUGGCGCCCAGCCCUCCCCACUCUCAGUGCAGAUGCUCUUUCCUGUUGGGAAUAAAGAGGCAGAGACCCAGCUUCCUUCCUUUCUGUUGGUGGCCUCGGGGAGGGAGGGGCAUUGAUGGGAAGAAGGGGCUUCUGUGCUGAGAAGUGGGAGACCAGCUUCCUUGGAGAGAGGAGUUGUCCUCCUGUGUGCUGAAGUCAGCUGGAGUCACCCAGCCCCUGUGAACAAGUGGAAGGCGUGCUUAGCUCUGCUGGGGGAGAGGGCCAUUCUCAAGGCCAAGGCCAUUUGUGGAGGAGGGAGAACUGGACGUCUAGUCAAGCCUGGGGCCCUGACUGCAGCAGCUGCUCAAAGGAGCAUCCUCUCUUCCUGCUCUAUCUGAGACCCUCAUCUCAGCCUACUUCAGCUCCGGCUUCUCCAGGCCUGCAUGGACUCAGCAGCCAAGGACGAGAUGCAGCCCGCACUUCCCCCUGGCUCUUCCUGCCCAGGGCCUGAGUGGCCAGAGCAGGAGAGGGCGGAGCAGCUGGCCCGAGGUGCCGCACUCAAGUGGGCUUCAGGCAUCUUCUACCGGCCAGAACAGCUAGCCAGGCUAGGCCAGUACCGCAGCCGCGAGGUGCAGCGUACCUGCUCCCUGGAAGCACGCAUCAAGUCGGUGGUGCAGUCAUACCUGGAAGGUGUACAGACUGGUGUGUGGCAGCUGGCCCAGGCCCUUGAGGCUGUGCAGGAAACCCGGGAAGCCCUGAGCCAGGCCCGUGGGUUGCUCCAGGGCAUAUCCAAGUCCUCCCAGAUCCUACAGCCUCUACGGGAACAGGUUUCCCAACACAAGCAACUGCAGGCCCUGUCUCAAUUGCUGCCUUGUCUGCGGGCAGUGCCUGCUGCAGUAGCCCACACACAGACCUUGAUUGAUGCCAAACGGCUCUUGGAGGCAUAUGUAAGCCUUCGGGAGCUGGAGCAGCUGCGAGAGGAGACAUGGGCACCCCUGGGGAGCCUGGAGCUGCCAAUCUUCCAGGAGCUCAAUCUUCUGGCUGAGGCACUGGGCCAGGCUGUGGAGGCAGCUGCAGGGGCAGCAGGGCAGCUGGCACGAGAGGAUCCAGCCCUGCUGGUGGCUGCUCUGCGUGUGGCAGAAGUGGAGGCUGGACGAACAACCCACCUGGGGCAGGCCCACCGGGACUGGCGGCAGCGCUGUCUUCGGGCACUACAGGAGGGCCUGGAGCAGGUCCAUUUUGGGACAUCUCUGCUGCCUGGUCCAGGGGCUCUAGCAGAGUGGCUGGAGGCUCUGCGAGUGGCUCUACCAGCCGAGUUGGCCACAGCUGAAGCACUAGUAGCACCCUGCUGCCCGCCACACUACAGAGUGGUCCAGCUAUGGGCCCACACUCUGCACAGUGGCCUGCGCCGCAGACUGCAGCAGCUCCUUGCAGGGCCUGAGCUGGGAGCUGCUGAUGCCUUUGCCUUGCUGCAUUGGGCUCUGCACGUGUACCUGGGGCAGGAAAUGAUGGGGAGCCUGGCGUUGGGGCCUGAGGCUGAUGUGUCCCAGCUGGAACCCCUCCUGACCUUGGAGAAUAUUGAGCAACUAGAAGCAACAUUUGUGGCCAAAGUCCAAGAAAGUGUGGCCCAGUGGAUGUGGAAGGCACUGGAUGGGGAGGUAGCUGAGUGGCUCCGGGAACAGGAGCCCAGUACAGACCCAUCUGGUUUCUACUACUCACCAAUGCCAGCUAUUGUGCUGCAGAUCCUGGACGAGAACAUUCGUGUGACCAGCCUCGUCAGUGAGUCACUGCAACGGCAGGUGCAUGGCAUGGCACUGUCAGAGCUGGGUGCCUUCCUGAGAAGCUUCAGUGAUGCUCUGAUCCGAUUCUCCCGCGACCACAUCAGGGGGGAAGCAAUGGCCCCUCAUUAUGUGUCCUACCUACUGGCCGCCCUCAACCAUCAAUCAGCACUCAGCUCCUCAUUAUCGGUCCUGCAGCUCGACUGGGUAGCUUCAGGGGCUUUGGCUCCAGUGGAAGCUGGGCUGGACGAGUUGCAGAGGAGGAUCUGCCGUCUAGUGUUAGAAGCGCUGCUCGCGGAGCUCCAGCCUCUUUUCGAAACUCUGCCCUCGCGCCAGUGGCUAUCUAGCCCUGAACUGCUGGACAGUGUGUGUGAGCGGACUGAGCGCUUCUGCCGGGAUUUCUGGCGUGUGCGGAAUCCCACAGUUCAGCUGCUGUUGGCUGAGGCCGAGCGUGCUGUGGUGCUUCAAUACCUACACGCGCUGAUGCAGGGCCGUCUAGUGUGCCAUGGAGCCGAGGAGAGGACCCAAGUGGCCGAGCGCCUGCGGCACGAUGCUGCCCAGCUUCGGGAGCUUUUCCUCGGUUUGGGCUUGGAGGAGAGCGCUCACUGCGCGCCGGUGCUGCUCGCCCUGAGGGAGCUGCUGAACCUCCGCGACCCCAUGAUGCUUGGCCUCGAGGUGGCGAGCCUGCGGCAACAAUUUCCUGACGUGAGUGAGGACCAUGUCUCCGCCCUCUUGGACCUGCGCGGGGACGUGUCCCGAGAACAGCGCCUCGCCGCACUCAGCUCUUUGCAGGCGGGCCCGCCGCCCUCACCCCCAACUGGCGGCCGCGCACUCUUCAGCCUUGUGCCGGUGCCGGCUCCUGCGCCGUCCUCCUGCCUCAUGUCUGGGUCUUGCGCUUGAUGCCGGGCUGCCCGCAGAAUAAAGCUACGGCUAACGUACGCCUGAAUCUAUGUGUUUUGGGGAAGGGGGUAUGGAAUUAACGUGCCGGCGAAAUUUAGGAGGCACACGCACAGUGGCACGCCUAAGACAUCCUGGCUCCGGUCCUGGCAUACGGGCUGCGACCUACCUAUCCAGAUCUCAGCCCUCACGGUGACUGGUUUCAGAGGUCCGGUCUUCUGCCCC